AUGUCGACUGAUAAGAUCACUUUCUUGACCAACUGGCACGCGACGCCGUACCACGCCCCCCUGUACCUCGCGCAAGCCAAGGGAUUCUUCAAAGAAGAAGGCAUCAAGGUCGCCUUGCUCGAGCCCAAUGACCCGUCCGACGUGACGGAGAUCAUCGGCAGCGGCAAGGUCGACAUGGGCUUCAAAGCUAUGAUCCAUACCCUUGCGGCCAAAGCGCGCAACUUCCCCGUGACGUCCAUCGGCUCUCUCCUCGACGAGCCCUUCACCGGCCUCGUGUAUCUCAAGGGCAGCGGAAUCACCGAGGAUUUUCGCUCCCUGAAGGGAAAGAGAAUCGGCUAUGUAGGCGAGUUCGGCAAGAUCCAAAUCGACGAACUCACCAAAUACUACAACAUGACCACAUCCGACUAUACCGCCGUCCGCUGCGGCAUGAACAUAACCCGCGCCAUAACCUCCGGCACAAUCGACGCCGGCAUCGGCCUCGAAAACGUGCAAAUGGUGGAACUCUCCGAAUGGCUGGCCACGCAGAACCGGCCCCGCACAGACGUCCAAAUGCUCCGCAUCGACCAGCUCGCCGAGCUCGGCUGCUGCUGCUUCUGCUCGAUCCUGUACAUCGCAAACGACGCCUUCCUCGCGCGCAACGAGACGCAGGUGCGCGCUUUCAUGCGCGCCGUCAAGCGCGCUACAGACUACGUCCUCGCCGAGCCUGCUGCCGCGUACGAAGCGUACGUCGACGUCAAACCUGCUAUGGGCACCCCCGUAAACAGGAAGAUCUUUGAGCGCUCAUUCGCGUACUUCAGCCGCGAUCUGAAGAACGUGAACCGCGACUGGACGAAGGUUACUGCUUACGGCAAGAGACUGGGCAUUUUGGAUGAGACGUUCCAGCCGAAUUAUACUAAUCAGUAUUUGUCUUGGACGCUGGAUGGGGACUCGGCUGAUCCGACGGGUGAUCAGAAGCGGAUGGUGGAGUUGCAGGAGGAGGUUGCCGUGCAGGGUGGAUUUAAGAGGUUGGAGGUUGCGUCUUCUGCUUGA